UGGACUUGCUGGUUGCCAUUGAGGCUUAGUUCCUCUUUGCUGGUUGGUCCAUAAAAGACCUAGAAGGAUCUCUCUCCUGGAGAGAAGGAGGAAAGGCUGCUGCCACUUCAGAUGGGAUUCUGCCAAGUGGGAACCAUGGGACAGACAAUGGCUACAGGUGUGGAUUGUUCUCCCGCUUCUACCUGUGCCUUCUGGCUCUCUGCACCAUCAGCUUUUUAAUGCACAGUGUACAGGCAAAAAAUUGCCCCAACGGCUGGCUGAUCUUCGAUGACCUAUGUUAUGGGAUCUUCAAGACAAAGCUCUCAUGGACCGAGGCAGAGAUGGCCUGCCAAUCGUUCCACCAAGAAAGCCACCUGGUCUCUAUUCUCUCUGAGCCUGAAGGGCGGGUGUUGGGUCAUUUCCUUCUGGACAAAAGCAACCAGCUUGGCAACGUGUGGAUAGGACUCACCGACCCCAACGGGUCAAAAAAAUGGACAUGGUCCGAUAUGUCGCCGGUGGCCUACAUGCCUUGGGCUUCUGGACAACCGAAAAAUACCCAAAGCGGAGGCAGCUGUGUUUAUUUGUCACCAAGCCGUGGUUAUGCGGAAUGGGGUUCUGAAUCAUGCUACUUGCCGAUGAACUACGUUUGUAUACUGUGAAAGCAGCCAUUCAGCCUACUCUUGAUGCCUGGCGGAUCAUCUACACUGUGGAAUGAAUCCAGUUUGACACCACUUUAGCUACAGAACCAUAGGAGUUGUCAGUUGUCCAAGGUCUUUAUCCUUCUGACAGUCGGAGAAGGAAUCUGGACACAGCAGAAUAAAUAAAGCAUUUAAGGCGC